AUCCCAAACACCCAAUCAUUCACAUCUAAUAUUGUCCCUUGUCUGUCAAACAUUUCUUAUAGCCCAUCGAAAAGGCCAAAACAUGGCACUUCGAGCAUUGGUUACACUUCUAUUUGUGCCUCUUUUUCUGUCUCCAACCAUUCUUGGUUACUCCCAAGCAGAUAUUAAAAAAUGGUGUAGCCAAACCCCAAACCCUGAGCCAUGUGAGUAUUUUUUAAGCCAUAAGCCUAAUUACCACAACCCCAUCAAGCAAAAGUCCGAUUUUUUCACAAUUUCAAAGCAGCUUGCACUAGAACGUGCCCUGAAAGCUCAAAAUAACAUAUUUUCACUGGGGCCCAAGUGCAAAAAUGCUCGUGAAAAGGCUGCAUGGGCUGAUUGCCUUGAGCUUUAUGAGUACACCCACCUUAGGCUUAACAAAACCAUCGACCCUAAUGUCAAUUGCAGCCAAACCGAAGCUCAAACAUGGCUCAGCACGGCUCUAACCAACCUUGAGACGUGUCGGGCCGGGUUUAUUGAACUAGGGAUCCCGGACAAUCUCUUGCCCUUGAUGUCAAACAAUGUUUCUAAGCUAAUUAGCAACGCUUUGGCUCUUAACAAAGUUCCAUACACUGUACCGAGUUAUAAACAUGGUUUCCCAACAUGGGUUAAGCCCGGUGACCGGAAACUCUUGCAGUCUUCUUCAACUCCAAAGGCUAAUAUUGUGGUGGCACAAGAUGGUUCAGGGAAUUAUAAGACGAUAAAGGAGGCGAUAAGUGCAGCAUCGUCACGGUCAGGAAGUGGGAGGUUUGUGAUAUAUGUAAAGGCUGGGACAUACAAAGAAAACGUUGAGAUAAAGUUGAAGAAUAUUAUGUUGGUGGGAGAUGGUAUAGGGAAAACCAUAGUCACUGGGAGCAAAAGUGUUGGUGGAGGUUCUACAACCUUCAAUUCAGCCACUAUUGCUGUCGUCGGAGAUGGAUUCAUCGCUCGCGACAUCACUAUAAGGAACACUGCCGGAGCAGUAAAUCACCAAGCCGUGGCCCUUCGAUCAGGGUCUGAUCUAUCGGUAUUUUAUAGGUGUAGCUUGGAAGGGUACCAAGACACCCUUUAUGUCCACUCCCAAAGGCAAUUCUACAGGGAAUGUGACAUAUAUGGUACAGUUGAUUUCAUAUUUGGAAAUGCCGCAGUUGUGUUGCAAAAUUGUAACAUUUAUGCACGUUACCCUCCUAACAAGACGAACACUCUCACUGCCCAAGGUAGGACUGACCCUAAUCAAAAUACUGGAAUUUCCAUUCAUGAUUGUACAGUUAAGGCUGCUUCAGAUUUAAAGGCAUCCCAGAGCUCAGUUACGACAUACUUAGGGAGACCAUGGAAGGAGUACUCACGCACAGUUUUUAUGAAAACAUACUUAGAUAGCUUGAUUGCUCCAGCUGGAUGGAUGGAAUGGAGUGGAAAUUUUGCCCUUAAGACCUUGUAUUAUGGGGAGUACGCUAACACAGGGCCGGGCUCAUCGACUACUAAGAGGGUCAAUUGGCCUGGCUACCAUGUCAUUACUAGUGCAUCCGUGGCUUCACAAUACACCGUCUCAAACUUCAUCUCCGGCGGUUCAUGGUUGCCGGCUACCAACGUACCUUACACAGCUGGCCUUUAAUUUUUUCAAGGAAAUUGUUACAUAAAUGUCUUCAAUUUGUUCAAUUGUUUUCAAUUAUACAUUUGUAUUUGAGUUCCUCAAGGUAAAAAAAUAAGUUGAUUGUUGCCAACAAAAAAGAAAGAGAAAGGAUUGUGUAAAAGUUGUCAUUCUUUGAUAAGUUGUAAUCAAGGAUUCAAAAUAAAUAAAA